GCUUCCGUCAGGUUCCCAGGCGCUCAGAGAGUAGCGACAGCACAGUUCAUCUCCAGCUUCAUGCCACGAUCCCGCGAAUAUUUUAACAGAAAAUUAGUCAAGAGGUCUCUAGCCACACACUGAGCUGCUCUGUCAUUUGAAGCUCUCUCUAUGGUGCGAAGUGACUCUGUGGCCAUGGGGAAUGGUUCAAUCAAAGCCCCUCGGCUAGAGGAGACAUGCUUGGCCUCGGGUAUUAAAGAGUCACCGGUGUGGGAGUCAUCGGAGCAGUUGAGGCUGAGGAUAUCCUGGCUCGAGGAGGAGCUUACCCGCCGAGACCAUGAGCUAAGAGCCCAGGAGCUUCAGUUGCAGGCUCUACAGAGGGAGCUACAGGCCAAAGUGUCUCAGAUUGACAAGCUUCAGGAUGCCAUCGGCUACAACAGUUUGGGCCGCUCUCCACCAGCGAGGCACAGUCACAGGCUGCUCAGUGUCAUUAAUCAGGGCUCAACACGUUUCCAUAGGGUGGCUGUAGAGGUUCACCGUCGACUCAAAGCCAAGGAGGGGGUUUCCGCUGAGCCUACGUCUGGGAAAUUCUACAGUGGCCACAGGGUCAAUCAUGCAUCUACAGAAAGAACACGCAUCCGUAAAGACUCAUGUACCAAGAGACUGAUUAAUGAGGCCAUCAUGAACAACGACUUUCUGAAGAAAUUAGAGCCUCAACACACACGAGAGAUGGUGGACUGCAUGUAUGAGAAAAUCUUUACUGCCAAUCAGCUGGUGAUCCAAGAAGGAGAGCCUGGGAACUACCUCUAUGUGCUUGCAGAAGGCUUUUUGGAGGUGAUGCAAAAUGGGAAGCUCCUGGGGCAGAUGCGGCCUGGAACAGCUUUUGGAGAGUUGGCCAUCCUCUACAACUGCAAGAGGACUGCCACUGUUAAAGCUGUGACACGGUCCCACAUCUGGGCUCUGGACCGGCAGAUGUUUCAGAGCAUCAUGAUGAGAUCCACUCAGGCCAGACACGCAGAGUACUUCAGCUUCCUGCGCAGUGUGUCUUUAUUAAAGGACUUGCCAGAGGAGAAACUUGCCAAAAUUGUUGACUGUUUAGAAAUUGAUUAUUUUGACAAAGGCGAGUACAUUAUUCGUGAGGGUGAGGAAGGGAACACUUUCUUCAUUAUAGCUAAAGGAGAGGUUUCAGUAACCCAGAGCACAGAGGGUUUUCCUGAACCACAGGAGAUUAAGACCCUUGGAGUAGGAGAUUACUUCGGAGAAAAAGCUCUCAUAAGUGAGGAUGUCCGCUCAGCUAACAUCAUUGCAAAGGAGAAUGACACCCAGUGUUUGGUGGUGGAUAGAGAUAACUUUAAUCAGAUGGUGGGCACUUAUGAGGAGCUGCAGGCAUAUCUGCAUGAAUACGUGGAGCAGCUGUCUAUAAGUGAUGAGAGGAGAAAUGCAGCAAGCCAAUCUUCUCUGCGUGAGCGAGGCACAGAGGCAGCUGAGCUGCGCAAUCUGCGGGAGAAAGCCACACGACUGUCCAAUAGCUCUUUCUUACACGAGCUGCAAAUUGUGGCCACACUAGGCAUGGGAGGCUUUGGCAGAGUAGAGCUGGUCAAGCUCAAAGAUGAAGAUACUGCUUUUGCUUUGAAGUGCAUUAAGAAGAAGCACAUUGUUGACACUAAACAGCAGGACCAUAUCUACUCUGAGAAGAACAUUUUGCAAGUGACCAACUGCAACUUUAUAGUCAGAUUGUUUCAGACAUUUCGGGAUAAUAAAUAUGUGUACAUGCUGCUCGAGGUCUGUCUUGGUGGAGAGUUAUGGAGCAUUCUCAGGGACAUGGGUUUCUUUGAGGAGGCCACUGCACGAUUCUGUAUUGGUUGUGUACUGGAGGCCUUUGAAUACCUGCAUGGAAUGGGUGUUGUUUACCGAGACCUGAAGCCAGAGAAUCUACUUCUGGAUACAGAGGGAUAUAUCAAAAUGACUGAUUUUGGCUUUGCGAAGAGAAUUGGUUUGGGAAAGAAAACCUGGACAUUCUGUGGAACUCCAGAGUAUGUGGCCCCUGAGGUCAUCAUGAAUAAAGGCCACGACUUUGGAGCCGACUGCUGGUCCUUAGGGAUCCUCAUUUUUGAACUCCUCACUGGCAGCCCUCCUUUCGUAGGAUCUGAUCCUAUUAAGAUUUACACAAUGGUUCUGCAUGGAAUAGAGAAGGUGGACUUUCCCAAGAGGAUAAGCAAGCGCCCAGAGGACUUGGUCAGGAGGCUCUGCAGGCUCAAUCCUGCAGAACGACUUGGCAAUAAGAAAAAUGGCAUCAAUGACAUCAAGAAACACAAGUGGUUUCAGGGCUUCAACUGGGAGGGACUGCGACGACGGAAGCUGACAUCUCCACUUAAGAGAGAGCUAAAGGGACCACUGGAUCACAGUCAUUUCGACAUGUUUCCACCCGAGCUGGAGGAACCUCCUGAUGAACUUUCUGGAUGGGAUAAGGACUUCUGAAAGUUUGCUGUUUUAUUUUUAACAUGACUAAGCCUGGCUUAGUGAAACCACACAAGAGGAGCCACGCUGAAGAAUAUUCUGUAUGAAUUUAUCAAAAUUACAAAAUGAACAAAAUGUGUGUAUUAAUACACAUUUUAACAACUAAACACUGUUCAUUAUGUCCCUGUAUAGACUCUAAAACACAAAACAAACUGAUAAAUGCUGUGACAGAUGAGUAGGAGCUGCUCCUGCUAUGAAAUACAACCAGGCAACAAUACCAGACAGUAUCAGCAACAAGUUCAAGACCAGAUGCAUGAUGACUACUAACACCAAGCGCACAAAUGAUGGAACCAAACCACUGCUUUAACAGUCCUUAAUGGCAAUGAAAGUAAAAAAAAAAAAAAGUGAUCUAAUUACUUUAAUCACUAACAAAAAAUUUAGUGCCAAAAGCAUUUUAACCAAGGUUUUCUGCUUAUUUAAAAUACUAACUGAAACAUUUUUUCUUUCUUUUUUUCCCCAUAUAGCAUUUUAUUAAGUAAUUUUUUAUUUGGAAACCAGAUCUUCCUGAGAAGUGCUUCUUAUCAGUGUGAGGCAGUACUCUACUUGUAAUUGUAUUAUCUGCCUUUCAGUAAUCCUCAUAUCAGUGUCUGUUGUUAGUCUUGGAUUUAUAGUAUUAUAUUUAUGGUAAAAUCAGCUUCAUUAAUUUCUUUCCUGGAAUUUAUUUUAUAUUAUGUGUUGUACUGGAGAAGUGAUUAUUUGAAUAUUGGGCUCUAGUCUAAAGGGUCUAAAGAAAAGGAUAGUUAGUAAAAGUUUUGUAUGGACAAUAUAAUACCCAGGAGAAAAUUAAUAUUAAAAAUGAUCAUUGUUAUACUAAUAUUCUUUAUGAAUAUAAUGUCUUUCCUUGUAUGACUUACCUAUAAAUACACAGCCAUGGCAACUUUAUGAUUGUUUAAAAGACAAUAAAAAUUCU